GGCAGCCUCAAGGCAGCUUCACCUCCACCACAGACACCUUCCCCGAGCGACGAACCACACCUCUGCAACUGUACCUGCAGCAGCAAGCGCAAGCGACACCGAUUUAACCAAACACCAAGAAAAAGGUCUUCGAUUCAGAUCGUACCUUCUUUCGCCGCCUCAUAUGGUCUCAACAAUCGAGUAGAAAAUCCGACAUCCUGUGGCGACGGCCAGAGAAGCGUAAGCCAUGGCUUCCUCCGACGUGAACCCUCUCAUUUCGAACCAAAAGUCCUCAGAGCUCCAGGCAAUCCUCCACCCUCUGGUUCUUCUCACCAUAUCCGACUACAUCACCCGUCAUACUCUGCGCUCGCAGCAAGGACCCAUUGUCGGCGCCCUUCUCGGCCAGCAGAAUGGUCGCGAGAUUACCGUCGAACAUGCAUUUGAUUGCCACACGAUACCGGCACCAGAGGUGGAAGGAGGCUACCUUCUGGACUCCGGGCGCUUCGGUGCAAGACUAGAGCAGAUGAAGACAGUGCACAAGGACCGAAGCCUAGACCUGGUCGGCUGGUACACCCUGCUCGCAGUGACAGGCCCGACACCGACCAUCCUCCCGAUCCACCACCAGCUCCUCUCCGAAUUCAACGAGUCGGCUCUCCUCCUCGGCUUCCAUCCCGAGGAAGUCUUCACUCAUUCCGUGGGCGGCAAGCUGCCCAUGACCAUCUACGAAUCCAACUAUGAGGUAGACGACCCGAGAGCUGCCGAGGCAGAGGGCGAGGACAAGAAGAUGGACGACGGAGAAUCCAAGCUCAAGCUACGCUUCCGCGAGCUUCCCUACACGGUCGAGACGGGCGAGGCUGAGAUGAUCAGCAUGGACCAUGUAGCGCGCGGUGCCGGCAACGCGACCGCCGUCGAAGCUCCCAAGGAGACUGCCAAGCCCAAGGUCCAGCUCGUUGAGUCGGGCGGCAAGCGCCGCGUCGUCGUUGCCGACAGCGCAGACGGUGACGAUGCAGAGGCUCAGCUGUCUCCAGAAGAGGAAGAGAUGGUGGCCGCCCUCACGGCCAAGGCGAACGCCGUCAAGAUGCUUCAGGGCCGCAUCCGCCUCAUCACAACCUACCUCGAGCGCCUGCCGGCCGAACCCCUUGCCGGGGCGGAACAGACCGACGCCGCGUCCGCCACCACAGAUGCGCAAACUACACCAUCUCACACCAUCCUCCGCCAGAUUCAAGCCCUCGUGAACCGGCUAGACCUCGUCGUUCCCUCUGACGCGGAGGGCUUCGAAAAGGAGGUGCUCUGCGAGGAGAACGAGGUGGCCAUCACGUCACGUCUCAACGACCUCAUGCAGAGUAUCAGUGGCAUGCGCGACCUGGGCAAGAAGUUCAGCAUCGCCGAGUCCGCACGCGUCAGGAACCGCGCCGGUGCGGCGGCGGCCGACUUCUCCAGCUACGGCCCUUCCGGCUUCAACCUCCCGGGCGCGGGAGACAUUAUGAUGUAAGGGGGGAUGACGGCCGAUGACUGGUCAAGGGAGCGAAGAGUCUUUUAUGACGGUGGUUGCACGCAUCAUCAGCCUAUCUGGGAUUCAUGGGGAGGCGUUUCGGGGAUAAUGUAGACAUGACAACACUUGCGAGGGG